AUGGCUUUUACCAAGGGCGGCGGUGCCACACUCAGCGUGCCUGUCUUUAUCAGACAAACGCGAGCUCUGGUUGAGAAGAACAUCAUCCACCUGCGGAGGAGAUGGAUUUCGACACUAUUCCAAGGGCUCAUACUGCCCCUGGCACUAUUGGGAAUCUUCCUCAACAUCUACAACUUUAAUAAUCCGAAAAGCUCGAACGGUUUCGGGAAAACCUUCAAGAUCAAGACGUUAGCACAGAGCUUCGAGAGUGGCUCCGGGGACCUUGUUUUCGUGUACAACAACACUCUCGGCCCCGAUGUGCCACAGGUUGUGCGCAGGAUCAAGGAGCCGCUGGCUCACUUGUCGAGCAGAUUGGUAGACUUGCAGGAUCCCGAUGCUGUCUUUGAGCACUGCAAGACCAAUUCUCAGGGAAUCUCUGGUUGCCACGCUGCAUUGAUAUUUUUGGACUCUCCUUUGACACCCAGGCCCAACGGUAGCAUUGGCGUCGGUAACUGGAGUUAUGCCAUCCGAACCGAUCCCAGCCGCACCGGGAGCGAAUACUUCUGGUCAGACAAUGUAAAUGUCAACGAGGCAACACCCGUCACCAACGUCAGGGUCCCUUUGCAGAUCGGCGUGGCCUCGGCAAUAACCAACGCUACAUACGAUGCCUCGAUCUUCAGCUAUACCAGCAAAAGCCAAGAGGAAGCCGAUCGUGACAAAUGGAAGGACAUCGCGAGGGAAACACGCGGAAUGAACAGCCUGCUUUACUUCUUGACCCUCAUCAUUCCCGUGUACCACGUUGUGGCUCGGAUCACGACAGAGCGCAAGGAAGGCGUGUCGCAGCUGGUGGAUGUCAUGGGAGGUGGUGCUGCUGCCAGGGUGUACAGCCAUGUCCUGGUUUUCAAUGCCCUCUAUCUACCUACUGCCAUCAUCUCGGGAGUUUUUUACCAUCAAUUCUUGCUCCCUAGAGUGAGUGCCGCCAUACUUAUAUUCUGGUACAUCCUGUUGACCAUGGCUGUCAUCAACUCUGCGAUAUUCGCAUCAGCUUUCUUCCAGGGUCCUCGGAUCUCGAGCGUCUUUGUUGCCGCAGGCUUUAUCGCUCUGGCAGCCGGUGCCAUCCUUGACGAUAACUCGAGGACAGCCAGCGACCAGAUGAACCUCGGCCUCUCGUCCGUUUUCCCCGCCUGCAAUUUCAUGUACAGCAUGGCCUUGAUGAGCUGGAGGGCAUUCAACGAAGAGGGAGUAGACUUUGGAAAGGCCUACUUGGACUUGUGGGAGAGCGAGUGGAUGAGGAAAAGCGUACCGACACACGGCGUAGCCAUGUGGCACUAUUUCAUCUUUGCCAUCCUGCAGAUCAUCCUCUAUCCCUUGCUCGCCGUGCUGGCGGAGCGCCUCGUCCACGGGAUCAGCUACGCGCGGAGGGAGUUCCACGACGACGACACGGCCAAGGCGGCGUCGGCUUCGAUCCAGACGAGCGAGCUGAGGAAGGUCUACAGCCCUUCGAUCUGGACAAAGAUGUUCUGCUGCGGCGCCCGCAGGGGUGCGGUCGUGACGGCCUUGGACGGAAUCGACCUGACGGCGCAGAAGCAGCAAAUCAUGUGCCUGCUCGGCGUGAACGGCUCGGGCAAGACCACGACGCUUGAGCUCAUUGGCGGCAUGCAGAAGUCGACGGCCGGAAGCGUGCAGAUCAACUCGAACUAUACAAAGCUUGGCGUCUGCCCCCAGAAGAACACGCUCUUCCCUUUCCUCACUGUCCUCGAGCACGUCAAGAUCUGGAGCAAGAUUAAGCAUGGCAGCGAGAGCAUCGAGACGCUUACCAAGCUUGUGGAAUACUGUGAUCUUAAGCCAAAGAUUAACAGUCACGCACGGGAUCUUUCGGGUGGUCAAAAGAGAAAGCUUCAACUUGCUUGUAUGUUUGCUGGCGGUAGCGAAGUACUUCUUCUGGAUGAAGUUACCAGCGGCCUCGACCCAGUUUCUCGCAGGGCUAUCUGGAACAUAAUUCUUGGCGAGCGAUCCAAGAGGUCAAUGAUCUUCACCACACAUUUCUUGGAUGAAGCUGAGAUAUUAGCCGAUCACAUCACGCUUCUGUCCAAGGGUAAAAUCAUGUGCCAAGGCUCGGGUGCUGAGCUGAAGAACCGUUUCGGAGAUGGAUAUAUUGUCCAUGUUCCCAAGAGUGACGAGAAACCGGCCCCUGACAUGGGUGUGCCGUCCAGUGUGCACCAGGACAGGGUCCGAUACCACGUUGCAGACACCAAGGCGGCGGCAGCGCUCAUCACCAAGCUUGAGGCUCAGGGGAUUUCUGGAGCUGCCAUGGCGGGUCCUACGAUCGAGCAGGUAUUCCUCUCGCUCACCAAGGAUGUUGACGAGACUCUUCGUAGGGAACUUGGCGAAGACGCAGGCAAUGGACGCACCACGGCGCCAACAUCCGCCACGCUCGUCUCUGGGAAACCAAUCUCGUCAUUCAAACAGGUCUUCAUUCUCAUGAGGAAGCGCCUCACCAUCCUUCCCCGCUACUGGGUGGCCCCCUUGCUGGCACUCGGUCUCGCGGCUGGUCUCCCGGCUGCGCUCAAGCCUCUACUCAUCAACCCGAACAGCCGACCACCCCUUUAUUACGAGCGACCCAACUGCACGAGCCCAGCCCAGGAGUUGAACUGGCUGCCACGGUAUGACUGGUACCGGGAACAGUAUGUGGGGACGUCGUAUUAUCCAUCCUUUGAUGGUCGACCUCAGACAUUCGUCCCCGUAGGGCCCUCAUCCGUGGGCCCGGCGCUGGAAAGGGCUAUGCGUACGAGUCCGGCUGGUGGAAAUUGGUACAACCACACAAGGGACUUUCGUGUCUACCGCGUCGAGGACACGCAGGAGUCGUGGCUCAAGUCGAUUCGAGACUCUCCUAUGGGUGCCAACUAUGGUGGACUUUUCAUCCUCGACAACUCCACGACCUCGUCGUCUGCCAUCAUUGCCAACAGCUUGGAAUAUUCUGCUCCGGCCAUGGGUCUGAUUUCACUGUGGACCGUCAUGCAAAGCGGUCAGAACAUUUCCGUAUCCACCGGCGAGCUCCCGAGGCCUUACUUGACGAGCGUCGACGAAGGUGGCCUCUCGGUUAUGUAUGCAACGUUUGCCACGCUGAUCAUGACGGUAUACCCCAUCUUCUUCGCCUUGUACCCGGCCUACGAGAAGAGCCACAACGUGCGAGCGCUGCAGUAUGCCAACGGAAUCCGGCCGGCGCCCAUGUGGAUCGCCCACCUGCUGUCGGACUUUGUGGUGGUGCUGCUUGUGUCCAUCGCCUUGACAGCAACGGUCGCGGAGCAGAUCCCCAUGUUUUGGAACCCGGGCUUCCUGUUCUUCGUCUCGAUCCUCUACGGCCUGUCGGGUAUCCUCAUCGGGUACAUUGUCGCCUCCAAGCUCACAAAGACGCAACUUUCGGCGUUCAUGGCCACGCUUGUGAUCCUUGAGCUUCAGUUCGUUGGCGCUGUCCUCUCCUUUACGCUGCCGCGAGUGUACAUCGAACCUCUCAAGGUCCAGUCUACAACUGAAACGCUUGCAUGGGCGCUGGGAGUCUUCUUCCCCGUCGUCAACGUUUACAAAUCCUUCAUGGUAGGACUGAACACGUUUAAGAUUGUCUGCCGGAACAAUGAUGGAAUUUCGUACCCUGGAGACAUAAACGCCUACGGUGGUCCUAUCCUUUUGCUCCUAAUUCAGGUCAUCGUCCUGCUGUUGCUCCUCAUCUGGCUCGAGUCGAACAACAGCUUCUCGGCGCUGGCCGCUUUCAUCAGGAGAGUUACAAAACGCAAGAAUGACACCGGACCUCGCUCGAUUGGCUCCGUGGACGAGGAGGCCAGCACUACGGGUAGCGACAUGAUGACCAAGGAGGUUGCCAGGGUUGGCAUGUCGACGACGGACCUUUUGCAGGUGUCGCACGUGUCCAAGGCGUACAAGUCCAACCAGGCAGUCAAUGACGUGUCGUUCGGUCUCGGCGAGGGUGAGAUCAUGGCACUCCUGGGUCCCAACGGCGGCGGCAAGACUACGACUGUCAACAUGAUCAUGGGCGAGCUCCGGCCGGACAGUGGCAACAUCCACGUGCGCGACAUUGACGUGCACAAGCAAACGCGGCUGGCGCAGCGUUCACUGGGCGUGUGCCAGCAGUUCGACGCCCUAGACCUCAUGACGGCGCGGCAGCACCUCGAGUUCUACGCGCGCAUCAAGGGAGUCCCGGACGUCAAGAACAAUGUUCAGGUGGUGCUCGACAAGACGGGCCUGUCGCCGCACGCCGAGAAGAAGGCUUCCAAGCUGUCGGGCGGCAACAAGAGGAAGCUUUCGCUGGGCAUCGCACUCAUCGGCAACCCAGACGUCUUGGUGCUGGACGAGCCCUCGUCCAGCAUGGACGCGGCGUCCAAGCGCGUCAUGUGGAGAACUCUAUCCGAGAUCGGGCCCGGGCGGUCGCUGCUGCUGACGACGCACAGCAUGGAGGAGGCAGACGCCCUCUGCACGCGCGCCGCAAUCCUGUCCAAGAACCUGCUCGCCAUCGGCACCACUCAGGAGCUGCGCAGCAAGUACAGCGACAUCUACCACCUCGACCUCGUGCUCAAGUCGGCGCCGCAGACCAACAUCCACGAGGCAAAGGCCGUCGAGGACUGGGUCCUCUCGCGGUUUCCGGCCGUCAAGCUCGCCGGCGAGAGCCUGGGAGGCCAGAUCAAGUUCACGGUGCCGGCCAAGGACCCCAUCGGGCAGAUGAUGACGGCGCUCGAGGACAACAAGGAGGAGCUGGGUCUCUUGACUUAUGGGUUGGCGCAGCCGACGCUCGAAAACGUCUUUAUAUCCGUGGUCAAGGACAACUACGUCGAGGAGGACGGGAAGAAGAAGAAGUGGUGGCAGCUAUGGUGA